CCCAGGCGGGAGGAAUGCCAAGCAGCAGGGAGGCUGCCCAAGGUGGCACUGGCGCACCCCGGGCCGGGGCCUUGCAGCCACAGGGGAGCUUCAGGCCCUGUGAUGGAAACAUUGUUUCAUCCUCACAGCCUGACGGCACCUGUGUUCCCAUGGAGAUUGUGCUGAUGGAGAAGGUGGGCUUCGGCUGCCGCAGAAUCAUCCAGCUCCUUGACUGGCUUGAGCUGCCUGACAUCUUCGUGCUGGUGAUGGACAUCUGGGAUCUCUUGCAUGUCCUGCUGGAGCAAGAGUUCCUGAGCGAGGAGGCGGCGUGUUGGCUUUUCUGGCAGGUGCUGGAGGCCGUGUGGCACUGCACCGCCUGCAGCGUCCUGCACUGGGACAUCAAGCCGGAGAACCUCCUCGUGAACCUGGAGACUGGCAAACUAAAGCUUAUCGACUUCAGUCGUGGCACCUUCCUCCAGGAGCAGGCCUGCACACAGUUUGCAGGUGAGCCCAGAGCGCAGGCCCUGCUCCCAGUGCCAGGCACUGCACGGCCCCAUUCCCUCCUGGGCCGCAGGGUGAGGCAUUCAGCCGGCUGCCGGCUGCCCUGUGGCACAGGCAGGUGCUGUGCCCCAGGAGCCGGCUGCCAGCCCUGCCGACAGAAAGGGGCUGCAAAAGCCGGGCCCCGGCUCCUCGGCUUGGCAGGCCCACAAGGCCUUGGGCUGCUCCGCUGGCCUUGUCAGCCUUGCAGAAUGGUUUCUAGGCUUUGGCCCAUUGUCAGGGUGAGGCAGGCAGGCCUUGGGGGGAAGUUGUGGACACGGCUGCAGCCCCUGCCUCUGGCAGGAGGCUGGUGCCAGGCUCUGGAAGGCAGCAGCCUGCGCCUGAGCAGCGCUGCCCAUCUCCCCAUGGAACAUGCACGUACUGCCCGCCUGAGUGGAUCAGCCUUCACUGCUACCAUGGCGAUGGGGCGACUGUCUGGUCCCUGGGCGUGCUGCUGUUUGAGAUGGUGUUUCUUGCCCUUUGAGAACGAGCGUGACAUCGUGCUGGGGCAGCUCUUCUUCCCGCAGGAGGUCUCUCCAGGUUGGUAUGCAGCCUGAAGAAGGCAGGCUUUGGCAGGUGGCACUGCGCAGCCCAGCCCGGCCCUCCCGCAGCUGCGCGAGACGUCCAUGUGCCCUCAAGGGCCGGCUGCAGCAGGUGGCCCGUGGCAGGCUGGGUGUGGCACGCUUGGCUGAAGGAGGGGGUGAUUGUCCUGCCAGGCCGCUCUCCCUCCAAGGGCAGCUCCGAGCACAUGCAGCGUGGCCUGGCUUCUGCAGGCACUGGGAGCAGCUGGGCAGGAGCCUUCUGCAAGUGAGCGCUGCUUUCUGCCUUCUCUCCCUAGAAUGCCAACAUCUGAUCCGCUGGUGUUUGUCCAAGCACCCCAUGGAUUGGCCAGUGCUGGAGCAGAUCUUCUACCACCUUUGGGUGCUGGGCAGGCAUUUCUGAUGCCUUGCUGCAGCCUCUGCAGCCUCUGCAGCACCCAGUUCCCGUGUCCAACACAGGACUGAGGGCCCAGGAAAUAAAACAACCCGAAACCCACUGCGGGCUGGCAAAUCUGGUCCUUGUUAGCAACUUCAGCUAAGGGAACCUUUUGGCCAAAGGGGUUAUCAGAGCACUUCAGUUCCCUUCAGCCUUGGUCAAGCUUUUGAUUCCUUUCUUCCAGAUUGUCCUUCAAAAUCAGAGGGAGGUGGAGCCUGCACCAGUCCCCCCAAAUUGGUGGGAGGCAGAGACUACUCCCAGGCCCCUCAAAACUGGAGGAGGAAGGAGACAAUCCCUGGGCCCCCCGAACUGAAGGGAGAUAAAUACCCGACCCCUCAAAAUAAGAGAUGGAUGGAGCCCACAGUGGCCCCGAAGUCAGAGGGGGAAGGGGAGACUGCAAGCCCCCCCAAAGAGGAGGGGAAUUCCGCCUGUGCCAGCCCCACAAAUUGCAAGGGGACAGAGAACACCCCUGGCCUGGCAAAGUGCAAAGAGCAGCCGGAGGCUGCCAGGAUGGUGAAAACACUGGCACCCCCCAAAUCAGAGGGGGACAAAAAGCCCACACAGGCUUCCCAGAAGCAGAAAGGGGGCAGCAAAUAUCCCCUAUCCCCCUAAGUUGGAGGGGCACAGACACAACUCCCGCCCCCCCCAUAGCGGAGGGGGACAGACAUAAAAGGCCCCACAAAAAGAGCAUGGGGAACCAAGAGCACUGCCGGCCCUGCAAAGGUAAGGAGGAUU